UGGCCGCCCCCAGGCGGCCCUUGGCAAUGUUAAGUUAUUUUUCUCGAAAAAUUCUUUCAGGUCAGACAUUUCAUCACAAAGGAAAUGUCCAAAAUAGCAAUACCAUAUUAACACGUUAUUACAAUGGGAAAUCGGCGCGAUAUAGUUUUCGUAAAAACAAAAUAAUUGCCCCAAAAUGGGCUGUCGGCCUUGCGACUCUAGGUUUGUCUGCGACUCUCUUACUAAAAUAUUUGCCAGUUUCAGAAGCAAAGAGUAAAGCCGAUGACUUCAAUGUAAUAGCUGAUGUUGUAGAAGAGGUGUUGCCUGCUGUUGUAUUUAUAGAAGGUAACAGAUCAAUAUUUGGAAGGAGUGGUGGGUCUGGGUUCAUAAUUCAUGAAGAUGGAGUGAUUCUUACAAAUGCCCAUGUAAUUGAUAACCAACAAAUUAUUCAAAUCAAAUUACAAGACGGAACCACUUACUCUGGAAAAGUUCAGUAUAUCAGCCAUGAAUUAGACCUUGCAACUGUCAAAAUAAAUGCUAGACACAAACUGCCAACACUUGAGCUGGCUGAGAGUAGAAAAGUCAGAGCCGGAGAAUGGGUGAUAGCCAUGGGAAGCCCUUUUUUACUCAAUAAUUCAGUGACGGUAGGAAUAAUCAGCGCUGUCAACAGAUCAGGCAAGGAUUUGGGAUUGGGUUUCUCUGACAUGGAUUAUUUACAGACAGAUGCUGCCAUUAAUCCAGGAAAUUCUGGUGGACCCUUAGUAAACUUGGAUGGAAAAGUAGUUGGAGUUUCUCGCAUGAAACUGGCAAUGGCCAGCAUUGGGUUUGCUAUCCCUGCUGACUAUGUGAAAGAAUUCUUGACAAAAGCUGAAAAUGCUGAAAAGCAAGUAAAAUCCAAAGGAACAUUUUCAAUGUUUGACAGUAAAAAAAGGAUAUACCUUGGUGUAAGUAUGAUUACAUUGACUCCAGCCAUAGCAUGGGAAUUAAAUCGCAAAGGUCUCACCUGGAUGAGGCCAGAUUUACAAGGAGUAUUAGUGGCAGAGGUACACCAUCCAUCAACUGCUUACAGAGCUGGCAUCAGACCUCAUGAUGUUAUAGUCAGUAUCAAUGGAGAAAGAAUGAGAUCAUCACAAAAUGUUCACCAAGCUUGUAUGAACAGUGAAUCCUUGCUGAUAACACUGAUACGUAAUGGAAAAGAGUUGCAUGUGAGGGUGACUCCAGAUCAUACGGAUUAAGAAUUAUUAUGUACUUAUGUAGAAUGAUUUCACAUGGAGGGGAGGUUAGGAAUGAUGUAAGAGUAUGCAUUAUAUUGGCCCAGAUGAUUUAACAACCAUAUAUAAAAUUUCUCAUUGAAGUCAUGUCAUCUUUUUUGUUGUUUUCAUCAGAUCAAGUUACAUUCACAGCUGCUUGACAAAUGGGGAUUUCAUUUAGUCAUGCAGGUACAUUUUCAUAUAUAUUGCUUCCAGAAAUAAAACAAAUUAUUCGUCAGGUGUUUUGAAAGGCGUUUUUUCUUUUGCGUGACAUACUAAGAGCGUACGAAUGGUUGUCACUGUUCUUUUUUGAUUA